AGUUGUUGAGAACAUUCAUUAAAUGGACACACACAACAUGUCUACAAUAAUCUACCUGCUCUCAUGGGAUGAAGAUUGGGAAAGUGCUGAGGAAAUAAUAUUAUGCAUAAUACCUCGGAUGACCUACAUACCCUGUAUACGUGGCUGUCGGCUAUUGUUCUUCGUGAGCUGUGAAUAUUUGGACUAUCUUUCUAACUUUUUUUCUCUCUUUCUUCUCUUUUCAUGCUUCUUGGGUUUCCUCCACAAACUGCCUGCUUAACCUUCCUAAUCCUUGCCUGAUAUCUUUGGACAUUUCUACUUUAUUUUUCAACCUGAUCCUUUUUUGUACCCGUUUGGCUCUUUUGAUUGACUGAAAAGGUAAAAAGAAGUCACUAUCAUCUACAUCAGAGUCAAGGAAUUUCUCCCCCUCAUCAGAGAGAUACAUUGUGAAUCGGAUCCAUAACUCCAUCGUAGGAAGUUCAUGUGACCUACCCAGUCACUCUGUCGAGUGGGAGUCAGGUCGUAUGCUGGAGUCAGUACCAGAAACACCUGACACCUGCCUUGGCGUUGGAGCUGAAGAGCAGGAGAGCCUGCUGCCCUCAGAUGAUGACAUUGAAAAGUCCUUUCGAGUGAACCAAGAUGGUAGUAUGACAGUGGAGAUGAAGGUGCGGCUGACAAUUAAGGAAGAGGAAACCAUCCAUUGGACAACCACUCUGUCACGCUCAAGUGUAGCCAAUCAGCUAAAUGGGACCUGUUUUCCAGAGCCUGAGGCAGAGCAGGAGAUAAGCUCACUUAAAUUAAACUCACUGGAUUUACAAAGUCCUGCUGCCUCCAUCGACACCAUCAACAAAACUAAGGAUGACAAUGACGAAGAUCCACCAUCGCUGGGAAAUACAGCUUUUAGUAAGAGUAGUCAUGAAGAGGAUGAUAUCAAAGUAAAAACUGAUGUGGUGUCUCCUAGGAGAGCUCCUACACCGGGGCACAAGAAAAUUAGAAAAAAGCAAGUGGAGGGCCUAAAAUCAGUAACGGCAGAGGGGAUUCAGGAAGGUACGAUUGGUUCUUACUCUUACAGAGAGCAGACAGAAAAUGGAGCCAUGACAGAGCAGUACUGCAGGGUCAAACAGAGCAGCAGUAUACCAGUGCCCAAACCUAGAAAACUUGGCUCCGUCGAUGCCAAAAAUAUAAACGGAAAUGUGUCCAUGUUUAAAUCAGCAGGCAUGGCUGAAAUCCUACAGAUAGAAUCCAGCGGAGAGGAGGUCACUGAAACGGUCUUACACGUAUAUGAACAGCAGACCUACCUUUGUUCACAGGGUGUGUCUGCUUCUGAGAUGCAUUUUUGCAGGCCAGCUACUUCAGAAACUGGACAGCUCUCCUCCAAUAAUGAGUUUGAACCCCAGAUCUGGAGACCAUCGACAGCUUCUGAGUCAAUUAGCAUCUGGAGAACUGAGAGCAUGUCGGUAUCAUCUGAUUUCACAUUGCCUUCACUGAGGACUGGUGCAGUUGAAGCAACAAAUGCUCAACAACAAUUCACAAAGCCCACUAAAGGCAAAGACAAGCCCCAACAAAGAGAAGUCAAUAAAGAUAAAAGACUUUCCCCAAAACCAAAAGCAAUCAACAAACGUGUUCAUCGACUUAUGUCACCAGGAAAAAGAAUAAAAGAAAGUUCUGCAGUAGCAACCAAGAAAAGUAAGAAAGUGAAAACUUUCUCCAGUGCUGGGUUCAUUAAGAAAAUCUAUGGGAAUAAAUCAAAAUCAGCAAAAAGAGUGAUGACACUUAAAAAAGUACCAACACAAAAUGACAAGGGUGUUACAACUAAGAGCUCACAACAGUCUAAAGACACAAUAAAAUGUAUUCUCAAAGACCCAAACAUACCAUCAGCAUUGAAAGAAACUAUGAGUGAGACAAUUCCUUUUGAAAAAAUCUGCCUGAAUGUUGCUCCAGAUGAUGUAAGCCAACCACAUGGAAUACUGACAAGGCAGACAUCAAUGCAUCAGCGGAUAAAGAACAAAAAAGAGUGCUGUGAGAUCAGCAAAAGCAUGCCACCACCUGCUUUUGACUCCUCUAGCUUUGUUACCAAUGAAUAUGUGGAAAACUGGCUGGAGAAAGCCCACCUUAACCCCACGGCCUACCCAGAUGAGGAAAUAAAAAAAUUUGAAGCAGUCGCUCUUGUACAAACAGAAAGUGGCAGCAGGUGUGGUGAGUCUGAAAAUAAGGUUGGAUUGAUAAUUGUGGCACAGGAGUUAAAGUGUUUUGACUACACAUCAGAAAUACAAUCUCUAAAAACUGACCUACUGCCUGAGAAUGAGCUAGGAGCAUCUAUCAAACAAAAAAUCCAUACCUUUGAAAACAAAUGUACAAGUCCAUCAAUGGAGAAACCCCCCGUCAAUCAGCAAAUCGCCCAUAAUCAAACAAACACAGAACACUCCAGUAGUUUAGCUCAGAAUAAUGAAGAAGAAAUAAAGCCUCUCUCGACUCAUAACUGUUCUGAAACAAUUUCACCAAGUAAUGAGAUGGCAACAGAAAUGCCAUCCGACAGUGAAGUAGAAAACAAACCCAAUCCGAUUAAAAUGUCAUUUCAAGAAGCAACAACUUCCAAUGCACUUUCAAUGGAUCUACCACCACCACCACCACCUGCUGAACAUACAGAGCUGUCAAACAAUGAAUACUGCGGGAUGGAUGCAUUCUCAGCGGCCAGCAGCCCAUUAUACAGGCUCUCAUCUGUUAGCAGUCAAACAUCAGAUGAUAAUCCAUUAUCCAUCAGCCCGACAUCUGACAAGGCCAUAUCACCUACCGACCACAGAAUGGAAAUGACAACAUCAAUUCAGACUGACAGUCCUCCCACGCGGAGGGAAGCAACAUUACCAAGAGCUCAAUCCAUUAAAAGGGCCCCUUUGGUUAGUAAUAUAUCGUUUGACAGGAAAAUGUCUCUCAGAAAGGCUUGCCUGGAUAAAUAUACUUUAUGUAAUGAUGCCACUUUAGAGACAAGCACAUCAUCUACUCCCGUUAACAUAGUGGGUGAUAAUGUGCUGCCAAACGGAAUCUGUUCAACAGGGACACAAUGGCUGAAUGAAAUCCCACCAGAAGAGACCCAGAUAUCAAAAGGCUUCUUCAAUUUGAAAAGUAGUCCGUCAUGUUGUACUUCUGCUACGAGUUUAGCAACUGAAGAGAGAAUACCACCAGUCAGUAUUUCAUCAAGUGACGCUCCAACCCCAAGUGAUAUUUCAUUUAGAGAGACAGAAAUGGAUUUAACACAAUUUUUAACUCAAAAAGAAGAAUCUCCUAAACUCUUGGUACAAAAUCUUAUAAGCAGUCCAUCCCCAAAGAGAAAAUCCCAAACUAAGAAAUUCUCUUCAGAACUUUCGCACAACUCUCCAAAGUUAUCAUCAAAACAUAACCUCCUACCGGAUAAAACUAUGUCACCAAAUAUUGGAAUCCGAAGAGAUGCAACACCAAAUUCUAGCCCUUCCACUAAAAGAAAGCUUUAUACAUCUAAUUUACGAACGAGACGGUCUCCAUAUUCUCAGUCUCUGGACAUGGGGUCAGCACCUGUCAGACACCAGUCAAGUGAAAAGUUUCUCUCCAGAAAUCUCUCCUCAGACAAUGCAUCAGAGCCCACAAAUAAGAAAACAUCAUCCCAAAGAAAGCAUCACCAAACACCCAAGUCAAUAAAAUCAUCAUCUGAACUGGACAAAACACUAAACUCUAACACUCUAAUGCCAUUGAAAGCUAAUCAGAGUGAUGACAACAAAGUGACAGAUGACCUUAUUCCACCAGAUCAGGAGAAGUCCAUAACACAAAUAAUGCCACAGCCUUUAAACAUCACAAAUCAGCCAAACAUAAAACCUGUGCUUGAGAAAAUUUGCUACUCAAUACAUUCAAUUAGAAAAAUCACACAGAACAAACGUCCAUCAUGUCUGGAAAAGUCAAACAGCCUGCCUGACUUCUCCUCUCAUGUGGCCUCUACGUUUGGCUCAUCAACUAAAGCUCUUCUUGCUUUCUUGUCCGUCAUGACCCUAAAGGAAGGCCUAACUAACUUAAAUAUGGAUGAGCUGAAUGCAAACAACGUCAGCUGUGCUGAGGCUUUAAAAAUGAUGGAUUCCCUCAGAGAAAUCGCCAGCAUUGAGGAUUCCCACGAGUUAAGAGUUAGUUUGUCCAAUUUACAGCAGUCAGCUUCAAAGCAACUCCUGCUAAGUUGGAGGGGCUUUCAGGAUCUCAGCGACAAAUGCAGGAGUCGCAGCUCAACCCCAAAUAAUCCAGAACUUGAAUGUGUGACCGAGACCAGUCCUGAAAAAGACUGUGACAUUGAUGAAAACGUCAUCGAUGAGAUUGUGGAUCAUCUGUACAUACCUGAGAAGCUCAAGGAGGAAUUGACCGCUCUUUCAAUGGGUGUCAAAAGUGACACUGACAAUGAAGAAAAGCUCAAAAAAGUGAAACCAAAAGCUAACAGUAAUAUUUCAGAUUUCUCCACAAAAGACGCUGUUAAUGUCAGCGAUGUUACUCAAGAUGAGAAAGCUAAUGUUGAUGUGAGCUCCAUCAUUAAAAAAUUCACAGACAUUAACCAGCUAAAACAACCCAGCAUGGGUAGUGUAACUAAAGAAAGCCUGUAUGGGCACAAUGGUGUGGCCAAAUGUCCACCAGCUGAACCUAUUUAUAAACCAAUACCAGAAGCAAGGCAGCUUUAUAGCUCAGUGAUUUUUGCAAAAGAUAAUAAGCAGCAAGGCCACAAUGAAGACCAAGAAAAGGCAAAAAUGAAUGGAGUACUAAGCAGCAAGAACCGUUUUGAACAAGACAGCCGUAUCUCUGAAGUAGAGGACAGAGACACGGGAGGUAAUCAGCUGCGGAUGCACAGUGAAGAGAGUAUGCCGGAGAACGAGCUUACCCAUGAUGAUGAGUCAGGUUCAGAUGAGAAGGGGCAGAACAUGUUAAGUGCCAUUAAAGAUUUAGAGCCGAAUGUGAGCUGUAAGCAAAGCGUAUCUAGCUCUGAAGCAGGUGAGCAACAUAGCUCAGAAGAGGAAUUACACGUUGAAUGUGAGGAGAUUCAACAGGAGAGCAGGGCUAGUGACGACUUGUCCAACCAUGAAAGUCACUCUGAGGAGGAAGAGGAGAAGCAUCCAAGCUCAGAUUACUAUGUAGAAGUGAAUGUAAGAGGGAAGGAAAGAAUAUCGAGCCCCGAUAGUCAAAACAGGCUGUCAGAGGUUGAAUGUCAAGCCGGCCCUAUAGGAUUGAAGGUUGAUGUCGAUGAAAGCACAUGUAACUCAGAUGUAGAGGAGUCUUCUUCAGAGGAAGAACAGCCUGAGGUUGAAUGUCGAGCAGGCUCUAUAGGACCAAAUGUUAGCAACUAUGAAAGCACAUGUAACUCAGACGUGGAUGAGCCAUCCUCAGAUGAAAAGCAGCCUGAGGUUGAAUGUAAAGAGCUAAAUGCUUUUACUGAGGUAAUUUUGUCUGGCAAUGAGGUAGAGGAGGAAGAACACCUUGACAAACUUUUGUAUCACAGGGAAAAAACUAACAAAUGUGAGUCUUUGAUAGAAGAGACAGAGGAGGAGGACAAGGUCAGCUUAGAUAAUGACGACUAAAAUCAAGAUUUAUAUUUAAAAAAACACAACAGCAGUUUGAUAAAGUCUGACAGUUUAACAAAGAGUUAUGGAUUUAAUACAGAUGAGGACAGUGGGAAUGAGCACAGCAGCUGUGAAGAACAUGUAGAGGUAAAAGUUGAAGAUGAACAGACCAAUAGCUCGCAUGAAGAAGAAUUGAACUAUGGUAAAAAAGAGUCCAUCUCCGUAGAGGAAUAUCCCAAUAUGGACGGAUAUAUAGAAAAGGGCUUAACAGAAGACCAGGAAGCUCUUGCAUUGGCAACACAGUCGAAAAAUACAAAAUGUGAAAAGGCUGUGGAAAAACUCAAGCAUCAACCUGAAGCAAUAUUAUCCCAAUCUGUUGCAGAGAGAGUUAUUAUUCUGGAAAAACAGGUUGCCAAUGCCCAAAAGACAACAGAAAGUUCCGCUACAAGACAUUGCCUCCAAAAAAACGCCUUUCUUGAGUCGGACAUUGAGGAUUCACCCUCUGAAUCACCCCCAUCUGAGUCGGCUCCCUGCACCCGAUCAGCUCCUCAGUCGUCAUUAUCUUUUAGCUACGACUCCUGUGGCGUUAUAACAACAGAUCCUGAAAGCAACAGGGUCAAAUCCAUCAGGCAAAUGUUCCUGGCAAAGAGCGGCACAGAUAUCCCACACGGACCGGGACGUUUCCCAAGCCAGAAGACAUCGAAGCGGCCCGAGUUACAAGCAGAGACCUCGGCUAGUGGCGGGUAUCAGUCCCUGACUUCAAGUGAGCUGUCUAGCAGCGAAGAUGAUUCAGCACGGAAAUCGAUCACUAAAGGCUUUGUGAGAAGAACAAUUGAAAGGCUAUAUGGCAAAAAAGAAGCUAAACCUGAUGAGGAAGCAAGCGAAAGGCCCCCAUCUGCGCCAAAACAGAAAACAAAAGAACAAUCAAGCAUUUUCUCUCACUUGCAUAUAGCCCAGUCCAAAGCAAUGUCUGAGCUGUAUUACUUCAAUUCGUCUAAUGUACUUGACACCUUAAGUGAAGCAACACAUGUUGCUUUUAAUGUACAAGUCAGGCCUGAAGACAGUGCCCCUAUUAAUAAUGAACAAUGGCUCCUUAGAGAAAACACACCGAUCAGAAAGUCUGUUUCAGACCCGGUUGGAAUAAAUAAAAACUUAAACUCUCCUCAAGGCGAAGGAAUGUGUGAGGAUAUUGAAGAGACCACAUACUCCCUUUUCAGCACAAAGUCUGAAGUGGAAGACAAGAAGUCGUCUUUUUCAAGGAAGUGCACCUACUUUUCUUUGCCCCAUUCUAGUGACUCGUAUGCAUGCCAGGAUGAGCUGAGCACUGUUAGCAAGAGCAGCGAGAAUUAUGAAAGUACUAUAGAUCCAAAGGACAAUACAGAGGACACUAAAAUGUGGGCAGAGAGGAACAGCACACUGCCCCGUGUUGGUGUUAUGGACUUUAAGAUGAUGGAUAACAAAGUGCACCCGCUGAUAGAGCCUCCACCGGAUUGUGAGGUGGUAGUUGUGCAGCCUGGGAAAGGUCAGGGUGUUGUGCGCAGGAUCCCAGAGCCUGAUAUGUUGGACAUACUUUACAAUUUUUGUGGUCAGAAUUGUCCCAUCCUGUAAGGACAUUUUAUCUUUUUAAAAUACAACCACAAAACCACAAACUUGUGUGUCUAAAUAGGUGUACAUUGUUAGGCUACAGCAUAAUACAUUGUCUUUGGUGCCUACAUUUUGAUGUUGCCAUAGCCUUGGCAUUACACACUAUCAUGUCAACUCAUUUGAGCCAAAUGCCAAAUGUGUGACAAGCCAAUGGAUUCAUGUUUAUUCAACCUCCAUACGUGUAUGUUAUGAGCUUGUGAUCAAUUUGUCAUUUUAUGAUCCUUGUUUAAAAGUAGAAGUGAAUUUUUUUUCUCUCCUAACAUUGUGAUUGUGUAUUUGCCACGCGCACUCCAGAGCAGCUCUCUUCUUUUUAUAGGUUGCCUGUCAACAGAUCAAGUACCCAGAGCAUUACUGUAAUCUUGUUUUAAAACUCUUAAAAGAGAUCCCACGUCCCCGCAGAUGUCAAGCAACAAGGCCAAUCCCCACUGCACUGAAUGAACGGAUCAGUUUGUGGUCGCAUCUCAGGUCAGGGAUAACGUUCAGGUGUGCAAAUGGUAGAAAUUGUCAGCAAAUACUAAAUACUAGAUUUAAUGUCCUAUUGGUUGUCUAAACUGUAAAUAAGACGUCAUUGUUCUUUACUAAGUGACCAUAGCUUUAUGCAUAUGUACGAUAAAUUGACCUUUAUAAUUAGGAUAGGUGGUUUUAUGGUUUCAAUGUGGCAGCUGUGACAAUUUUGUGUCUUUAAAUUGACGUGGAGGAAUAAAAUGUGUAUUU